AUAUCAUUUUAUUUACGUCGUAUAUUAAUCAAGCAAUCCUAUAUGAUUUUAUUCGUUUUCCAGAUCCUUGAGGAUUCAUUCUUUCAAUUCACAAUUUAUUCUGUUCAAUCCCAUCCAACAUUUUCAGUCUCAUAAAAAUUUCUAAUUUUUAAUAAUAAUUAAAUUCGUAUAUUUUGAUUUUGAUCAAGAAUUCUAGGGUUUUGUUAAAAAAAAAAAUGAUUUCUUUCUAAAUUAUAAUAAUGUCACCUUCGGCUCCGGUCGAGCCAACGCACAACACAAUGCCGGAAUCAUCAUCGUCCGGUGAGCUAUCACCGGGAAAAGGUGAUACCGGUGGUUUUGGUGAUCUGAGAGGUGUUCAAUGGCGUAUACAUCUGGGGAUUUUACCUUGUUCUUCUUUAGCUUCAUCUGUUGAUCAUUUUCGACGCGUAACUGCCAAUUCUCGUAGAAGUUAUGCUGCUUUAAGGAGGAGACUUUUAAUUAAUCCUCAUAUUUCCAAAGAUGAAAGCAAGUUUCGUGAUCUUGUUAUGGACAAUCCGCUAUCACAAAACCCAGAAAGCAUGUGGGGUCGUUUUUUUCAUAAAGCUGAGUUAGAGAGAAUGGUUGACCAGGAUUUGUCACGUUUGUACCCUGAACAUGGUAGCUACUUCCAGGCACCUGGAUGUCAAGGUGUGUUGAGACGAGUUUUGUUGCUUUGGUGUAUUAGACAUCCAAACUAUGGCUACAGGCAAGGGAUGCAUGAACUUUUGGCUCCACUGCUGUUUGUACUACAGGCCGAUUUAGAGUGUCUCUCUGAAGUGCGGAGACUCUACCAAGAUUACUUCACUGACAAUUUUGACGGAUUGUCAUUUAAUGAAUCUGAUUUGGAAAAAGUUUCAGAUAAUAUUCAAACUGAUAACGUGAAGGUUAAUGACUUCAAGGACCUUGAUCCGAAGAUACAAACCAUUAUAUCUUUUAGUGAUGCUUAUGGGGCAGAGGGUGAAUUGGGUAUAGUUUUAUCUGAAAAGUUUAUGGAACAUGAUGCUUAUUCUAUGUUUGAUGCUUUAAUGAGUGGGGAUGGAGGUGCUGUUGCCAUGGCUAGUUUCUUUUCACACUCUCCUUCACCGCAUAAUGGAUUACCGCCUGUAAUAGAAGCAUCGUCUGCAUUAUACCACUUGCUUUCCAUUGUUGAUUUGUCUCUAUACACCCAUCUUGUUGAGCUAGGAGUCGAACCACAGUACUUCGCUCUUCGUUGGUUACGUGUUCUUUUUGGACGUGAGUUUGCCCUUAAGUGCCUUUUAAUAGUUUGGGAUGAGAUUUUUGCACUUGAUAAUGAUAGAUUAAGUGGUAGUUCUGAUAACGAAUCUGAAGUUACCUUUAGGGUCCUAAAUUCUUCAAGGGGAGCCUUCAUUUCUGCUCUUGCAGUUUCAAUGAUACUUCAUCUACGAUCUUCCCUUCUUGCUACUGAAAAUGCUACCUCAUGCCUUCAAAAACUGUUGAACUUUCCUGAGGAUGUAAAUCUUAGGAAACUAUUGAAGAAAGCUAAAUCAUUGAUGAAUAUCGCAAGUGAUGCUAUUAAGUCGAUUGUGGAACCAAUUCAUGGUGGUGGACCCUCUGAUCCAAAAAAAUCAAGAGGUCGUAGUCUUUCAUCUGAUUUUACUGCACCCGGAAGUCCUCACCGGUUGGUGCCUGAGAGCUACUGGGAAGAGAAAUGGCGGGUUUUAAACAAAGAAACAGAGCAAAAAGAAGCUAGCCUAAGUAAGCAAGUUCAAAAUCGCUUAAAGGGUUGGUCAGAAAAAGUCAAAAUGCGUUUAUCAAGAACCAGGUCUGCCGGGUUCCUCUCAAAGGUUGCCAGACCACCUAUUAUGAGAAAUUUGGUGGAUGAUGCAGUUCCUUUAGAAAAAGAGAAAUUAGUAGGGAGAGGUGUUUCUGAAAAGAGGUCCUGUUCAAGCGUAGAUGGUGGUAGUGAAGAGAACUCUUACAUUUUCUCUGACCUGUUAAACCCACAUCCUCGUCCUAUUAAUGACAAUUAUCUUGGAAAAGACAAUGAGGGGACCCGUGUGGCCUCCAAUUCUUCAUCUAAUGGAAAUGACCUGAGCCUCAUUGUAGCAUCUGUCUCGUAUAGUUCUAGCGAAGAAGUUGCUUCACCUUUACCAGUCUCUGUUUCUCCUGAAGCUAUGUCUUGUACGGAGGUAAAGAAUGAAAUGAUUACUGAGAAUCCCGUGGAAAAUUUGAGAGACAAAACACUUGUACCAGGAAAGUUUCAGUGGUUAUGGAUGUUUGCAAGAAACGGGCCCGAUGAUUUAUUAGAGAAAAGUGGGUAUAUAUCUAAGCCAAGUAGAUCUUCAGUGACUGAACUUGAUCACAAAAAUGUAGUGCCAUCUUCUUCCACGAUAGAUGAGUUUAUCAAACCAGAAGCAGAUGACCAGAAUAAUAUGCAUAUCAAACCAGAAGCAGAUGACCAGAAUAAUAUGCAUAUCAAACCAGAAGCAGAUGACCAGAAUAAUAUGUAUUCUUUAAAAACUCUUGCUCAAUCAAUGAUCGAAAAUGUCAAGGUGAUUGAAUUUGUUUUACUGCAAGAAACAGCUCAAAAAGAACCUGUAGAGAACUUUUCAGAGAAUGCCAUGGUAGCUUUAAAUGAGCUUCGAAAGAUUAGCAACCUUAUAUCAAUGAUGUGAGGUGAUUUUUUUAUUUGUAUGUGUACACAUAGGUAUAUGUAAAUGGUAAUGUAGUUAUGAUUUUUCAGAGUACACUAACAAUGAGUUUCUUCAGUUUCUUAUGGCCUGCCUUGUAUAUAUUUAGGUUACAUUAUACACAUCAUUGUAGAUGUCAAUAUUCCUGUAACAUGCUUUUUGUAAUUUUUUUUUAUUAAAUUGCAUAUUGUGAUGGUUGUAUGA